UACAAGUGUGACUGUGAAGCAACGGUGGGACUCGUCAAUCUGAAUCUAAACUACCAUUUAUUUUCGAUUUUGAAAACUAAGUACUAACUGACGGCGACAGUCGACUCUCUGCAACGAGUUUACUGCAGGGUAUAAGUUAUAGCAAUAAUAAUUUGAUUUUCAUAAACAAAGAAAUCGGCGUUUUAAUUUUCUACUAGCCUUUUUAAUUUGCACUUGGAAGUAAGGAAUGAACGUUUAGGUUUAGGUAAUAUAUUUUUACUUUCUGUUGAUAACAAUCGACUUGCCUUUUUCUGACUUUUUAGUGACUACAGUUCAAAAUUAUCCUCAAGAUGAUUUUUGACAAAAGACUUUUAAAUGUGACCGUUUUGGGACUCGCCUUCAUGCUGAUCUUCACUGCUUUUCAGACUAUGGGAAACAUUGAGAAAACAGUACUGGACAGCAUUACUCGAGAUGAUCCUACGUUCACUGGUAACGGCUACACUAGCCUGGCCAUAAUCUACACAGUGUUUGCCCUGUGUAACUGGUUGGCACCUAGUCUCAUCAGUGUACUAGGACCACGAGUCACCAUGUUGCUGGGAGGGAUCAUAUACCUGUUGUUUAUCGCCUCGUUUCUCUACCCACAAACCUGGCUGUUGUACGCCGCAUCUGGUAUGCUAGGUGCUGGGGCAGCUGCCAUCUGGACGGCGCAGGGCUGCUACCUCACUCUCAACAGUGAUGCCAACACGAUAUCCCGUAACUCUGGCAUUUUCUGGGCAAUGCUGCAAAGCAGCAUGUUCCUGGGCAACACGUUUGUCUCACUGGUGUUCCAAGGAAAGGCUGAGAUAGACGCUGGGUCACGCCAUCUCGUGUUUACCGUGUUGUGCGUGGUGGCAGGCCUGGGUGUUGUUGUGUUGGCAGUACUACCGCGGCCACGCACACACGAUGGCGAGUGUACGCCACAGACCAACGAGGGGCCUCUGAACGCCCUCAAGUCUGCUGGCUCGCUCUUUGUCACCAAGGAGAUGCUGCUGCUGUGUGUCACUUUCUUGUACACUGGGUUUGAGCUGAGUUUCUACUGUGGCGUCUACAGUAGCUGUAUAGGGUUUACCAAAGAGUUUGGAGACAGUGCCAAGACAUUGGUGGGCAUGUCCGGCAUCUUCAUAGGAGUGGGAGAAGUGCUUGGUGGCGUUGUGUUUGGACUGAUGGGUUCUCGCACAAACCGCUGGGGCAGAGAUCCCAUUGUCAUCUUGGGAUUCAUCAUCCACGUUGUCGCUUUCUUCAGCAUCUACCUCAACCUUCCCAACACUUCCCCCUUCGGUGAAACAGUGGAUAAGGCGCAUAUUCAGAGCAGUGCGUUCCUGGCGAUUCUGGGCAGUCUGAUGCUGGGUCUAGGAGACAGCUGUUUCAACACCCAGAUCCUGUCCAUCUUGGGAGGCAUGUAUCCUGAUGACAGUGCUCCAGCGUUCGCCAUCUUCAAGUUUACCCAGUCUCUCUCUGCUGCCGGCAGCUUCUUCUACAGCAACCAGGUGGGACUUUACAUGCAGUUGUACAUGUUGGCUGCCUGGGGGACUGCAGGGACACUGACGUUCUGUCUCGUAGAGAACAUGAACAGACAACUACGAGCAUACACACCAUCAGCCGUCGUCACGGCGAGCAACAAAGACUUGGCUAAACAAACCUAACCUCAACUAACCAACACCUCAUAGCACAAGAGAGUACGGUAGUCCAUAAUGGUUUAUAAUCUACGUCAACGUAGAAGAUGAACAGUAAGAAAUAAAUCUAAAACCGGCCAAAUUGAAGACGAGCUGCGGCAAUUACUACUUUAUGUGAUCAUUUGAAUCUUGUAUGGGAAAUGAAUAAUCAGACUACCUGAAAAUAAUGACACCACAUUAAAAUUUGCCAAACAGUUCUUGUUGAAUAAACAUAACAUUUUUGUUGUCUCACAAAAUAUUCCAAACAUGAAAGUAGACUUUCAUCCAAGAUUUUUGUAGAUGUUGAGAAGUAGUUAUCGUUUGUCCUCAGUACAGAUUGAAGGUGAAUACAAAUAUCAAAUAGUAAAACAUCACUCUAAAUAGCUUUACAAAAUAAUACAAAGAGCAUGCCUAAAUCGCCUGAUCUCUUCAGCAAUGUUGUUGAUUUAAAUCCUGAUUGUAACAAAUAAAUCCUGAUUGUGGUUUAAGUGAGUCGGUGGCUCAGUCGGUAGCGUCGCAGACUUUGGGCCCAAGGCAGCGAUGUCGUGGGUUUGGAUCCUGGUCACUGCCACUAAAAUUUAUCAGUACAGUUCACUUUUGUACUGUACCGGCUCACUCCUUGCUUUGCUGUAAACGUUCCACGCACAGGCGCUUAGUCUAUGUGGACGGGCAAAUGCAAGGUCAAAAGAGGCCGCCAACCUCUUAAAAAAAAACAAAGUUUUUUUAUCCAUAAACUAUAAAACUAUAAACUACUACUGACUCACCCUGUCUACAAUUAUCACCCUGUUUUGGUUGAAGUUUGGUAUGUUAACACCGUCUUAACUUGAGAUCUGUUCUGAUUGUUUUACCAAAAACUGGUGAAGAUUAAAGGCUGCCAUCAUGAAUGAUAUUGAUAUUAUUGGAUGGAUGUCUACUAAGUAUCUAAAGUCCAUCCAUCAAAUAUCCUCUGUUUCAUCAAAAGUGAGGUUAAUGGGUUUAUUUGAUAAACACUUUUGAUUUAACUCAUGCAUUUUCUAAACGUUCCUCUUAAAGAUUAAUUGUUUACAAUUAAAACAUUUAGCGUUUUAUAUUGAGACCCAGACCAACAAUUAUUUCUUGUGUUUACCAUUGUAUAAGACUUAAUAUUAGUUAUAAAUAAAGGAUGUUAUUUAUGUCUUCCAUAUGCUGUAUGUCAUUUGUAAUGUUAUUGUGCAUAUUUUAUGAUUUAUGACUAAAAGAAAAUUAGUGCAUUUUGAAGAAUAGAAGUCCCUUUAUGUGUUAAGUGUUAAUGAAAGAUUACUUUAAAAAAAUAAGAAGGGAAAAAAUACAGAGAAGGAAAAAAAUACACAUUGGUUUGGUUUUAGAAUCACUAAAGAGUUGAGUAAAUUUAUUUGCAAUCUUGUUUCUAGGUAAUAUAAUAAACAGUGAUUUAUUCAAGUUAUGAUAAAAUAUUGGAAAUAUAUAGAUAAAUUUGUUAGUUACCGGUACCAUUUAGAUAAUCCAUAGUUUUGUUGUAUUGUAAAUAAAUAGUGGUACAAUUCAUAUACUCCUGAUUAACUGCACUAUAAAUGAUAUUAGUGCCAAAAUACAUACAGCUAAGAGUCAAUGAUCAAACGUAUUUGCAAUUUAUUUGAACUGUUUCAAUAAGAUCUACAAAAUUAUUUACAUAUUGGCCCGCAAAGUCAUUGGUUCCUGGGCUGUAUUAGUGCUCAAUUUUAUACAUCUUAAAGGACAUUUCAUUCAUGUUUACUACCUCUGAAUGAAGUUUCUGCUAUUUCAAGUGUAUUUGUGCAAUCUUAAUGUACACUUUAGACAAACUAUUCUUAUUUAAUAUAUUGCAAGAUUUUAUACUCUUUGUAUUAUAGUUUUAUAUUUGGUUGUUAGUUUUAAGAUUCUUAUGUCAAGCUGUAAAUAAUAAUAAUACGAUGAAAACUCCAAA